AUGAUAUAUUUUGCAUUUUUGUUUGGGUUUUGUUUUGUUUUUUGGAUAGUUGGUGUGUCUUGUAAUCCGUCUCCUUAUUAUGGGGUUUUAAGCUUGGUUUUGGGAGCGGCCUUUGGGUGUGGGUUGUUGGUUAGUAUGGGAGGGUCUUUUGUUUCUGUGGUGUUGUUUUUGAUUUAUUUAGGUGGUAUAUUGGUUAUUUUUGCUUAUUCAUCUGCGUUAGUGGAAGAGCCUUAUCCUGUUGCUUGGGGAAGUCAAGGUGGAGUGGUUUAUGUAGUAAGUUAUGUUUUAGUUGUUCUGGUAUAUGGGAUAAUAUGUUAUUGAUUGUGGAGUAUGGAAGGGUAUGGUAGUGUUACAGUUGAUGCUGGUGGGUUGUUUGUUGUUCGAUUAGAUUUUAGUGGGGUAGCGUGGUUUUAUUAUUUUGGUAGUUGGUUAUUUUUGAUUGCAGGUUGAGGGUUGUUGUUGACGUUGUUUGUUGUGAUAGAGUUAGUUCGUGGUUUGUCUCGUGGAGUUAUUCGUCCAAUUAGA